GAGGAAGAAGAAGAGAAGAAGGAGACGAGCACGAUGUUCCCACAAACCAAACUCAUGGCCGCUUCUCGAGAAGUCUGGUGGAGGUGCAGAUGGCGCAGCAGGCGGCCUGUACAAUUCGGACGGAGGUGAUGGAGGUGACGCGGGCCAUGGUCGACCGCCGCAACGCUAACUUCCUGGUGUGGCCGCGGUGCGUGGAGGUGCAGCGCUGCUCAGGCUGCUGCAACUCCAGGACCAUGCAGUGCGUGCCCGUCCUCACCUCCAGCAGAUACCUGCAGGUGCUGAAGAUCAUGUUCAUGAACAGGAAGGAGCAUCGCGAGAUGGCCAUCAUUUCGGUGGAGGACCACGUCAGCUGCCGGUGCCAAAACCCCUCCUCCUCUUCCUCCAGUCAGAUCAACCGUCCUCCUCCGCCUCCUCCUCCUCUUCCCCCCCAGCAGCAGCAGCCUCCUCCCCCACCUCCGUCCUCCCACCUCCUCCACCCCCAAAACCCAGCUCCGCCAAAGACUCACGCCUCCAAGGCCGACCUGCACCGCCAUGAUGACCUGAAGCACAACCAGCAGCAGCGCCUCCACCUCCAGCAACCGGGGGGGGGGAGUCGGUGGCAGCAGGGGGGCUACACCCAGCUGGUGCAUUGGACGGCAGUUCCCCCGCCUCUGGGGGAGGCGUCUGAAGCCCGGGGGGAGCACAGCAUCACCACCAUCAGGAGCGGGUACGACGGGAGCCGGGAGGAGGGCAGGGCUAACAAAGAUCAGAGGCCGCUCCAUCGGCUCCUCAACACCCCCCAAUCAGACGCCCCGGCUCCCCCAGACCGCCCAACACCCUCCCCCAGGCUACAAGACAAACCCACCCUUCCUAUGACGACAAGUCAGGAAGCGGUUGUGGUUGGGGGUGGUGUAAAAGACAACGGGAGGGAGGAGAGCGGGUCGGCCAUCAGCGGGGGGUCGGGUGCAGCUGAGAUGACGAAGGAGAAAGUCUUAACGGGUGGGGGGGGUUUAACGGAGGAGGAGCGGAGGCAGAAAGUUCUGGAGAUGAUCCAGACGGAGCCUCACCUUCAUCCUCAUCUUCCUCAGCAGAGACCAAAGCCCACAGCGCUCAGAGCAGCCCUCUCCACAGCGCACCCCCCCUCCGCCCGGCCGCCGCCUCCUUUCCGCCCGGCCUCGCCUCGCCGCCGGAGGAAACACCGCAAACGCAUCAGCAAGGCCGCCAUCAGAGCCAUGAUCAUGUAGAGCUGCAGGAAAUGUUGAAGCAAACCAAAGCAAGAAUCAUUGCAGGGAAGGAAUCUGGAGAGGAAAACGGGAUGACGAACGCCGCUGCUGUGUGUUCCCGGGCAGAUUUAAAGAGAGUCCACCUCUCUGCUGCAGAGCGUCCAGCUCCAUGGAUUUCAUAAAGUGCAAUCUUAUGAACUCUUUGGAACGGAGGAUACUGGUCACACCAAACACUGGAUUUAAUUUGUGUGAACCACAAAAUCCCAUUAGCGUGGGUCGAUGGGAGACUGGAGUCCGAAGCCAUUGAUUGGCUGUUCAAACACUCUCUGAUUGGUGCACAGAACUUGACUUUUACUCAGACUAAGAAGUCAGAACUGAAACUGGAAACGUGGAGAACUGGAUUUCUACACUGGGACGAUAAAUGGAGGCUGGGUCGUGCAGCUCGACGGCAAACAUUACUGUAAUCCUCUAACUUUAUUUACACUGGAGUAGCCAAACACUGAUGUCCAAUAGAGAGUCCUCUGUACUGUAGCUCAAUGUAUUGGAUCAUACUAAUAACCUGCUCAUACUGUACUACUGCCAGAUAGAGCGGUGCAGGGAUCACGUAUUUUGGUAUUCGACCCUGAAGGCAGCAUCUCCCUGGUUCCUGCCACAAAAAUCCAAUGGUGUUUUUUCAUUGGAUUUUGAAUUAUGUCCGAAAAUAAUUUCUCAAACAAACGUUUAGUUCAGCAGGAUAAUCUCCACAUAUGAACCUAUUUAUGAUUUCUGAAGUAAAAAGCUAACAUUAGGCUAUGAAGGAACUACAGCACGGUCACAUGACUUCACCACCGCUAAGCUAAAGGAGGCUAAUGUUGGGCUAUAAAGGAACUACAGCACGGUCACAUGACUUCACCACCGCUAAGCUAAAGGAGGCUAACGUUGAGCGUUAUGACGUUUAGUCAUCUCCUUUAGACUCUCGUUAGCAACCUCCGUUAAAAUCUCUUCAAAAACCGUUGACUUCCACACCAGGGACAGGGAAAUGCUGACUCAUUCCUGCACCACUCUAUGGAAUAAAAACCAAAUGCCUGCCUAGAUAACAUGCUAUGAAUAUCCACAUUAAAGCAAGUCUUAAGUAAAGACCUUAGAGAUCGCUGUGAGCCAGUUAUAGCCGACACUGUGUGUAUAAAUGCUUUAGAAAAAUAUUUCCCGGGGGGGAGAACUUUAUUAAUUAACUUAUUUAAAAAGAGGAUGAUAUGAAGUCCUCCAGGUUCAAGUGUAAUUAAUUAUUGUUGCAGAUUAUAAUUAUUGGUUGUCCAACUGUUACUGUUAUGAAUGUUAUUUUUAAUAAAAAAUGUAAAUGUUUAACAAA